UUCUCACUCACACCCACAAAAAAAGAACAUCAUCAAACCUACCAAAAUCAGAGAAACAAAACCCCAAAAAAAAGAGAGAGGAGAAAAUAAUUGCAAAUUUCAAUAAAAAAAACUUUUUUUUUCGAAACCCAUUUGGGAAAAUCGAUCAAAGGAUCGAAAACAUUUCAGCAACAUUAAUGGAGAUCGAGUCGGUGACCUGCGAGUGUUGUGGGCUGAAAGAAGACUGUACGCAAGAUUACAUUAGCGAGGUGAAGGCCAACUUCGACGGCAAAUGGCUCUGUGGGCUCUGCUCGGAGGCCGUGAGAGAUGAGGUCACCCGCCGUGAGAUGACGUCAUCUGCGGCGGAGUCGGUUUCCCCGGUGGAGGAGGCUGUGAGGGCUCACAUGUCCUUCUGCGGGAAGUUCAAAACGAAUCCGGCGGUCCUUGUCGCCGACGGCAUGAGGCAGAUGCUACGGCGGCGUUCCGGCGAAUUGUCGGCGUCCCGGUCUCCGGCGACGGCGAAGAAGUUUGGAAGAUCUAACACCACGAAAUUGUACUGAUCUUUUUUUUUUUCCUCUUGUCGUAGCGUUUUGUUUUGCUCGGAAAAAAAAAAACGGGACUAAUGUAUAAUCUUCUUUGCUUCGGUUUCAUAUAAAAGAUUAUAUUAUCAAAAGUUA